AGCUUGGAGAGACAGAAUAGAUAACUUUACCUUUUCGGGUUCCAGAGCGCUCUCCUGUCUCCCAUCGCCAUGAGAGAAACAUCACUAAAAGUCAUGAAGCUCCUGUACUUAGUAGUUCUUGUGGUCUGCUUCGGGUCCGGAGUUCUGGCCCAAAGUUUAGGACAGAUAAAAAACUUUCGCCAAGCCGAGGGAACUGAAGACAGCAUCACGCUAGCCUGGGACUUUGAGGCUGGGGAAACGGCCCUUACCUUCUAUACCCUCCUCAACGUUGAGGAAGGAUUCGAGACUAAUAUCAAGUGUCCCCUGGAGUCCUGCACGACCGUCGUUGACUUCCUCAAUGCCUGUUCUGAGUACCAUUUCGACCUGACGCCCCACUUUGGGGGCACGACUGUCGGGAACAAAACGUCCACCACAGGGCACACGUCUGAUGUUUUACCUGGAAUGCCACUGAACUUGAAAAUAGAAGGCACAGGUUAUUCAAACACCACCAUUUCGUGGGAUGUCCCUACAGAAAACCCGGCAUGUAUAGGAGAGUACCAAAUCUGCAGGAGGCUGGAGGGUGAGACUGACCAAGAUUGUUUCAAUACAACAGAAACCACAGAGACACUUGACAUGCUUCAGCUCUGCAGCCACUACUUCUUCACAGUCAAGGGCCUCACCCACUUAGGGGGUCUGGGUGAAGAGGCUGCAGUCGACUUGAAGACCGCCAAUGGAGUCCCUGGAGAGCCUGAAGACCUUCAAGUAAAGGAAUGGGGGCCAGACUAUGUCACCGUGACAUUCCACGAUCCACUGACCAACCCACUUUGCGUUGACAUAUUUGCUUUCACCUGGCACGACCACGUUCAUGCCCCCCGGGGUGAGAGCAGCAGAGCCACCCAGGUUUUGAAUGCCCAGAGAUGUGACCCCAUCUGUGAGAACACCAUAGCACCCCUGCCCCCUUGCAGGAACGUCACCAUAUCUGUGUCUGCCAGCAAUGCUGCCGGCGUGGUGGGAAUCGCAGCAUCUGUUGAGACUUCCACAGAGGACCUUGAUCCUUCGGCUCCCUUGUCUGCAGAUGCUAAGCCCAUAAACCCUACAACUAUCCAGGUCAGCUGGACUGGAAACCCUGGUGACACCUGUGCCUAUGAGGCUGAAGUUUGCUGGAUAGAUGAAGUCAUCUUUGAGGAGCAGUGCCAGGAUAUUGCUGUAGAGGGAGAUGGCAGUGGGAUCUUCAACAUCACAGACGUACUCCCCUGCACUCAGUAUGAGAUAAGCGUGGUUUUCAGAUCACCCAUGGGGAAGGAGAGUGACCUGACAAGGCUGGUACAGACCACUGCUGAUGUUGAGCCCAGCCCAGUGGUCGACCUUCAGAUCGUAGAUGUUGGGCCAACAGAUGUCACCUAUAAAUACCGCAUGCCUGAUGUUAACCCACAGUGCGCCGUCGACAUCAAGGAUAAAUACCUCGAUGUAACAGACAAUAGCUUCUCAGUUGAGGCUUCAGUGUCAGGACAGAAGGUCAACGUCGGUUCUUCAGAGUCGACAAUACACAAAGACGGCCUCCUGAGCUGCUCUGAUUACUACAUAGAAGUGACGACACUGUCCCCAACCGGCCUUGAAUCAACAGUGGCCAACGUCUCGUUCACUACCGAGUCGGCCCCUUCAACCCAGCCCCAGCACUUGGAGACCCACAGCGUCCAGACGACCUCAGUAGUUCUAGAGUGGCUCAAGCCCAAAGAGAACUCACGCUGCAUCACGGAAUACAAACUGACGGUGAGCAACACAACGACUUCCACCGACUACCAUAUCCCGGCGAGCCGAGACUCUCCCACGAAGAUGACGUACAUGGUGGCUGAUCUCUCGAGCUGCACUGAGUACAAGGCAUACCUGAUAGCCAUUGCUUCAGGGUCGGCUAGUGACCCAGCAUUCGCUGCCUUCAAGACUCUGUGUUCUUAAAUGAUUUAGAAUUAUGAUGAAAUAUUAGCCCCGUGAAACUGUAGAUAUUUCCAUUGUAAGUUUAUUGCUCUAUCCAUCCACCAUUGAUUCUCAUUCUUGGGUGACAGGGAUUAGUCUGUUGGUAUUACAAAGUUUUCUUCUUCUUCUUCUUCUUCUUCUUCUUCUUCCAAGAGUCUAUAAUCUUGAUUGACCUAAAUAUUAAAUGUACUUCUCGUCGAA